GGAGGGGGAAGGGGGAGUGUCUGCCGGUCGCCGCCGCCGCUGCUGCCAGCUCCGGGGCAGAGGAGUACCCUGCAGCCCUGGCCUCAGAACCGGCCCAGUCUUCCCGCCCGCACUCCGGGCGCCAGAAGCACUGACCGGUCUAACUGGUGCCGAAGCGGGAGUUGGCUCAGCCUGCGAAGCGGCGGGGACGGCUUCAGUCCCCCCUCCCCUCCCCGACCCCUUCCUUCCAUCGCCCUGGUCAUGGGGAACGCGGCUACUGCCAAGAAAGGCGGCGAGGUGGAGAGCGUGAAAGAGUUUCUAGCCAAAGCCAAAGAAGACUUUUUAAAAAAAUGGGAGAAUCCUGCUCCGAAUAAUGCCGGGCUGGAGGAUUUUGAGAGGAAAAAAACCCUUGGAACAGGUUCAUUUGGAAGAGUCAUGUUGGUGAAACAUAAAGCCACUGAACAGUAUUAUGCAAUGAAGAUCUUAGAUAAGCAGAAGGUUGUUAAGCUGAAGCAAAUAGAGCAUACUUUGAAUGAGAAAAGAAUAUUACAGGCAGUGAAUUUUCCUUUUCUUGUUCGACUGGAGUAUUCUUUUAAGGAUAAUUCUAAUUUAUACAUGGUUAUGGAAUAUGUCCCUGGCGGUGAAAUGUUUUCACAUCUAAGAAGAAUUGGAAGGUUCAGUGAACCCCAUGCACGGUUCUAUGCAGCUCAGAUAGUGCUAACAUUCGAGUACCUCCAUUCACUAGACCUCAUCUACAGAGAUCUAAAACCUGAAAAUCUCUUAAUUGACCACCAAGGUUAUAUCCAGGUCACAGACUUUGGGUUUGCCAAAAGAGUUAAAGGCAGAACCUGGACAUUAUGUGGCACUCCAGAAUAUUUGGCUCCAGAAAUAAUUCUCAGCAAGGGCUACAAUAAGGCAGUGGAUUGGUGGGCAUUAGGAGUAUUAAUCUAUGAGAUGGCAGCUGGCUACCCCCCAUUCUUUGCAGACCAACCCAUUCAGAUCUAUGAAAAGAUUGUUUCUGGAAAAGUCCGAUUCCCAUCGCAUUUCAGCUCGGAUCUCAAGGACCUUCUAAGGAACCUACUGCAGGUGGAUUUGACGAAGCGGUUUGGGAAUCUAAAGAAUGGUGUGAGUGAUAUAAAAACUCACAAGUGGUUUGCCACAACAGAUUGGAUUGCUAUUUACCAGAGGAAGGUCGAAGCUCCGUUCAUACCAAAGUUCAGAGGCUCUGGAGAUACCAGCAACUUUGAUGACUAUGAAGAAGAAGAUAUCCGUGUCUCUAUAACAGAAAAAUGUGGAAAAGAGUUUUGCGAAUUUUAGAGAUGAGCAAGAAGAUGACAUCAGAGCUCGCACUCAGUCUUUGCACUCUGCUAAGAGAUAAGGUAGAGCUGAGACCGUCCUUGUCGAAGCAGUUACCUAGUUCCUUCAUUCCAGCGACUGAGUGAGGUCUUUAUUGCCGUCAUCCGUGUGUGCACUCUGCAUCCACCUAUGUAACAAGGCACUGCUAAGCAAGCAUUGUCUGUGCCGUUAACACAGACCUAGACACUCUCCUGCUUCUCUUUGAUUUGUCUUUCUCCUCUCCUCCUAUGUCCAUUUCUUCCUUUUUCAUUUUCACUAGUUUUUCUGCAAAUAGUGCUUCAUUUUAUUUUGUAGGUCUUGCAGACGGGCAGUGUUAUGCCUCUGUGAUAUUGGAAGGGAAGGAUAAGUGUUCCUUUGGUAGUUCUUACCAGUAUUUUUGCUGGUCAGUUGCUUGAGGAUAUACUUUCUAAUAAUUAUUUUUACUUGAGUAGCUCAUACUCAGUUUUGCCAAAACUCUUGACAGUUUUUAAAGAUAGAAUGUCUUUUCACCAAGGAUAUUUAUACAAAUAAAACAAACUUUCUUAGAACUCACUAAUACAGACUAGCUGGACCCAGCAAUUUGGAUUCCUGCAGAUCAGAGACUUUGUUUCCCUUUAUCGCCUUUUCUGUCAUCCUCCCUGGAGUAACUCGGUGACCAGCCUGUGCAGGGUGACAGAUGGGUCUCAUUUGCAGGAAAGGCUACUGAUAUGGAUCAUCGUCACCCAGAUUCUCUCAUUUGGUACCAGCAUUUAUGUAGGUUAUCAGAGAAGAAUUCUAAGGAUUUCUAAACCUUAACUUUCCAUAAGGGUUUUAGCCAGUAUUUUAUUAGAAUAUGACUAAUGAAAGUGACAGAUUUGUAAGUUUCUCAAACAGUCCUCAUAGUAACUUUUUACAAGAAGAGGAAUGAACUAAAAAAAAAAGAAGGUGGACACUUUGCUAAGUCAAACAAAUGGCUUGAUUAUUGUAAACAACAUAGAGGCACUUUUGUUUAAAUAGAGAGGUUUUUUGUGUGUUUUGCUUUGCUUUGUCUUGUCAGAGUCAAGAACAAAAGUUGUUGCCAGGUGAUUAUGCUGGUGUACUAUACUUGUCAGCCUGAAAUAGAGGCACUGUUGCAACUUCGGCUUUCAUCCUAUGCCUCAUCAGUGAGGAAAGGGAGCAAAGUUUAUAAAGCUGCCACAAUUGUAUUUUAAUUUUGAGGUGUGGUAAUUUUGGAUAUGUCAGAAUUUCUAUCUUCUUUCAGUAAACAGAAUUGUGAUCAUGCAGAUACAAUUUUAGUGUUGGGUUUAGUUUUUUAUAUAUACUUUUUUGCCAACUGGCUUAACAAUAUUGCUGUCAUGUGGAAAUUUCAAGCACUUUUGCACAUUUUGUUCACCGUUUGUUGAGAAAACAUGGCUUAACUCGGUUUUUUAAAUAUUUUUUCUCCGCCUUUACAUCUCCUGUCUAGUUUUAUCUCUGUGCGUCAGUGACCUAUCUUAAAACAACACACCAAAAUAGCUGAAAAUAAACUGUGUUCAUUUUUUUAUGAUCAACUAACAUGCAUAUGAGUUGUGUUUAAUCAAAUGGAUUUUAAUGUAUAUAAGCACUCUAUAUGCUUCAUUACCGGUGCAGGUAGGUCACUGACUACUCCUUUUCAUCCAUACUGCACCCUUGUAAAGCCUUUGAAGACACUGAAAAAACCUGUCUGAGCUGUUCCCUGCAUCAGUCUGUACAUCUUUUGGUUGUCAAGUGUUUAUGCACGGUCAUGUCACUUAGAAGCUGAUACUGAUUUGUCAGUCCACCUAUAUUUAAAAUGUGCAAGAAAAAUAUGAAAUACUUUGCUGUAGCAAGUUUUUAUGUAACAAAAAUAUAUCAUGUUAAUAAAUCUAAAACAUCAUUUGUGUAAAAUAUUUUAAUUAGUUCUUUUGUAUUUCAUUUAGACCCAAGAACAUGCUGAUCAUGUAUUCUGUAUGUAUGCUAUAGAUGCUAUGGUACCUUUGUUGUAUAUUAUUGUAAAAUUAUCACAUAAAAAUUUUAAUAAAUCAUGGGGGUGACAA